AUGCCUAGACCACACCAGAAACAAGUUGUGGCGAUUGUCAUUGCAAUUUUAGUCUUUUUUGGAUUUGUUCAUUUUGUAACCAACUCUUCUCCAGGAACUUUGACAGAUCAAGCGGUUGUUUAUGUUGAUACUCAAACCAAUCAGAUAAUUGAGAAUUUUGAUGUAUCCAAGAUACAAGGAGUGAAAGUAGCGAGUGAAAAUAAGGUUCAGGAGUCGAUUAAGGAUGCGGCUAAAGAGGAGUUGGUUGGAAAUCAACAAAUUAGUCAACCUAAAGAAGAAAGUAAGAGUCCAGAAAAAGCGGAGGACCAGUCAGCAGUUAAAGCAGAGCAAGCAGAGAAACCGGGGAAACAACUGGCAAAUAACGAAGUUGCAACUGGUGAACGAGUAAAGGCAACUUUUGUUACCUUAGCUCGUAAUAGUGAAUUGUAUGAAUUAAUCAAGUCGAUUCGUAGAGUUGAGGAUCGUUUUAAUAGAAAAUUCAAUUACGAUUGGGUUUUCUUAAAUGAUGAACCAUUUACUCAAGAAUUUAAAGAUUUAACCACUGCUAUAGUCAGUGGUAAAACCAAAUAUGGCUUAAUUCCCAAAGAACACUGGUCAUAUCCCGAUUUCAUUGAUCAGAACAAAGCUGCUGAAUCCAGAGAGAAUAUGAAGGCGCAAAGAAUAAUCUAUGGAGAUUCCGAAUCUUACAGACAUAUGUGUAGAUUUGAAAGUGGAUUUUUCUGGCAAAAUCCUUUAUUAGAUGAAUACGAUUGGUAUUGGAGAGUGGAACCAGGUAUUCAAAUUCAUUGUGACUUGGAUUAUGACUUGUUCAAAUUCAUGCAAGAUAAUAACAAACUGUAUGGUUUCACCAUUUCAAUUUACGAAUUUGAAGCUACAAUUCCAACUUUAUGGAAGCAUACUAAAGAUUUUCUCAAACUACACCCCGAUUACAUUGCAGAAAACAACUUGUUAGAUUUCAUCAGUAAUGACCGUGGUGAAACUUAUAACUUAUGUCAUUUUUGGUCAAACUUUGAAGUUGGUAAUUUAAAUUUCUGGAGAUCAAAACAGUACAGAGAAUACUUUGAUUACUUGGAUAAAACCGGGGGGUUUUUCUACGAAAGAUGGGGGGACGCUCCAGUCCAUUCUUUGGCGGCUGCCCUCUUCUUAAACCGUGAUCAAAUCCACUAUUUCGAAGACGUUGGUUACAACCAUGGGGUUUAUACUCAAUGUCCUCUCAAUGCCCAAUUCAGAUACGACCAUAAAUGUCACUGCAACCCCGAUACUGACUUCACCUUCAGAGGCUAUUCUUGUGGUAAACGCUACUACGACGUCAUGAAUAUGAAAAAACCUGCUGAAUGGGAACACUACACCUAA